GGUGGAAGCUUCAAAAACACACUCUCCCUCACUGUUUUCUUCCUUGUCUUAAUACUUAAAUUCCUCAUCUAACGUCUUAUGCAUGCUCAUAAUUAGUAGUCACUAGAAACCCUUCUAACUUCAUACAUACUGUAUUUUGCAGUAUCCCUCAAGUUACUAUUAAUUUGGCUUACUAUAGUGACACUGACUAACAUAUACUUACUACGUACUCAAUAUAUAUAAAGCAUCAAAACCUAAAUUGAAGAAAAAAAAGUUCUUUCUCAAUCCAUGCAAAAGGAGAAGGAGGAGAGGAAUAUGGAAUUAAUGGAAGAAAGUAAGGAGGAAACCCUACCGCCGGGAUUUCGAUUUCAUCCUACUGAUGAAGAACUUAUCACUUGUUAUCUUAUAAAUAAGAUAUCAGAUUCUAGUUUUACAGGCAAAGCAAUAACUGAUAUAAAUCUCAAUAAAUCUGAACCAUGGGAGCUACCAGGGAAGGCAAAGAUGGGAGAAAAGGAAUGGUACUUUUUUAGUAUGAGAGAUCGUAAAUAUCCAACGGGUGUGAGAACCAAUCGAGCAACUAAUAGUGGAUAUUGGAAGACCACAGGGAAAGAUAGAGAAAUAUUCAACAGUGUUACAUCAGAAUUGGUUGGUAUGAAGAAGACUUUGGUUUUUUACAAAGGAAGAGCUCCAAGAGGAGAGAAAAGUAAUUGGGUUAUGCAUGAAUACCGCAUUCACUCUAAAUCAACAUUUCGAACAAACAAGGAAGAAUGGGUGGUAUGUCGGAUAUUCAAGAAGAGUGGUAGUGGAAAAAAGUACCCUUGUAAUUCCAAUUCCAACCAUACAAGAGCAGGAUCAAUGAAUCCUUGUAGCAUGCAGGAAAUAGGUUCUAGUAAUAUGGUGCAAAUUCCACCACAAAUGAUAGAGUACUAUCUUCAGGGUCUGCAUGGAGAUCCUUCUACUCCUCAUUUCCUUUACGGACGGAACAAUAGCAAUUACAUUAACGGUUCAAAUGCGGAGGUUUUAAGAGGAGGAAUAAUACAAUCUCAUCAGAUGAACUAUUCUUCAAUAUUGCCAGCAACUACAGGAGAAGAGGGAGGAGGAUUCAGCAUUUCAGGUCUUAAUUUGAACCUUGGAUCAGGUGGAGGAGCUACCACAACAACACAACCUAUUUUGCGUCCAAUGCAACAUUCUCAAUAUGCAAUGGCUGAUAAUGUCAGUUCAAUAAACAUGAAUAUGAAUUCUGUUGGUGCAGAUCAGAAUAUUAAUAAUUUUGUAGGUUAUAAUGGUAUGGAGCAUUGCAUGGAUCUUGAAACUUACUGGCCUAAUUCAUACUAAAUUAAUUUUCAAGAGGGAACAGUCGUUUUUUAAUGUGCUUCUAAGUUUCGUACGGGUUGGGUUACUGAAAAAGCAGCAACUCAGACCUUGGUCGCAUAUAAAUUUCAACCAAUUAAAGAAAGUGAGUUGAAAUAUGUAUGUUAGAGAAUGUAUUCCUAACAUUAUUCAUGUAGCAAAUAACUGUUUGAAUGCUAUUUUUC